CAAUGCAGUACAAACCUGUCUCUAAUCCCUGACCGAGCAGUGUUGCUAUGUGGGUGGAUGCAGCUGAACAUCGCCCACGACUUCUGCCUCUGGAAAACAUUCAUUUAGUAGUGCACAGACAUGCUAUACAACAGCAUUGCAGCGUCCUGUCCAGUCAGGGUAGUCAACAGUUAAAUACGUUUGAAGACACCAGGAGACAGUGCAAGAAGUGCCAGGGAACGUACCACUGCACUGACAUCAUUUCCUCCGGUAACUUGCAGCUUCAAUAUGGACCUCGCUCUUCCGGUAUUUUUUUAAAAACUACGCUGGCCGAGGUGCUGAAAGCUGAGUCUAUUACAGGUUAAUGGCAGACAUGGAAAACAUGUGUGAUCCAAUCAGAAGGGCUGUUUGCAAUGGAGUGGCUGAGAAUAACACUGUUGUUUUGGUUGUUGAGGAUCAUGGUCGUCAGAUUCUGAAUAUCCUUCAAAAUUUCAGAGAAGAGAAUCUCUUUUUUGAUUUCAGAAUACUUGUAAAGGAUGAAACCAUCCUGUGCCACCGAUGUGUCUUGGCAGCCUGCAGUGAUUUCUUCAGGGCCAUGUUUGCAGUGAACAUGAGAGAACGAGAUGCUGGGAGUGUGACGAUGAACAACUUGUCCCCGAAAGCCGUAAGGGCCUUUCUGGAUUUUGCGUACACAGGGAAAACAGAGAUCACAGAAGAAAAUGUUGAGAUGUUCUUCCAGCUGUCCUCCUUUCUGCAGGUUGCCAUCCUUUCUAAAGCAUGCAGUGGUUUUCUUAUCAAAACUAUUGACCUGACAAACUGCCUGCAGCUGCUCUCCCUAUCAGAGGGCUAUGGCUCUACCAGUUUGUAUGAUCACGCCCUGGAUUUUGUGGUGCAGCACUUUCACUCACUAACAAAAUCGUCCGAUUUCCUGGAGAUGAAUGUUGAGAUCCUGAAAAAAUGUCUCAAAGCGGACAAACUCAGCGUUCCAGAUGAAGAAACUGUCCUGAAAGUCCUUCUCCAGUGGACAAAGCAUGAUCUGGAGAACCGGCAAAAACUCUUUCCCCACCUGAUCAAACUCAUAAGACUGCAUCAAAUGCCCAAAGAGACUCUAGAGGACUUCUCGCGAUCAGAGAGUCUGCUGGCCAGCAAUAUGGAGUGCACUGAGACCAUUAGAGAGGUAACCCAAAGCCUUCAGGAGCUCAGCGGAAUUUUUAAUGACGCCCGGCCCUCUACAACUGACAAGUAUAUUUAUGUCCAUAAGACCGAAGAGAAUGGAAAAAUUCAGCACACCUUCUGCUACAAUAUUGAAACCGACCACUGGAAAGAGCUACCUAAGACCCAUAUUGUCGAUCUCUCUGGUUCCAGUUUUGCCAGCUUUGGUGAAAAGCUGUUUGUGACCGGUGGUUGCAAAGGGAAUUGCUGCAGGGCUGUGCGGGUGCAUAUUGCUGAAUCUUUCCACGAUGCCACAGAUGAGACCUGGUGCUACUGCCCAGUCCAGAAUGACUUAUUUCUGGUCCCCCCGAUGAAGAAACCUCGAACAAUGCACACAUCUGUCACAGCUUUAAAUAACAUCUACGUCAUCGGUGGAAAGACUCGAGGACCACGGAACACCAAAAGCUUGUUAGACGUGGAGGUUUAUAACCCUCUCAGUAAAGAAUGGAAAUCAGUGGGUCCUCUGCCGAGAGGUAUUUACUAUCCAGAAGCUUGCGCCUGCGAGAGUGUCAUCUACGUUCUGGGUUCUGAACUGGAAACAUCUGAUAUCUUCAACCCAUCGCUGGACUGUUUCUUCAGGUACAAUGCCAGUACAGACCAGUGGUCUGAGCUGGUUGCCGAAUUUGGGCAGUUCUUUCAUGCCACCUUAGUCAAAGCCGUGCCCGUAAACAACACCUUGUACAUAUGUGACUUGUCCACUUACAAAGUGUACAGCUUCUGCCCGGAAACAUGCGUGUGGAAGGGGGAAGGGUCUUUUGAAUGUGCCGGCUUCAAUGCAGGAGCCAUUGGAAUUGCAGACAAAAUCUACAUACUAGGAGGGGACUAUGCACCAGAUGAAAUAACAGAUGAAGUACAAGUGUAUCACAGCAACCGGUCGGAAUGGGAGGAAGUCUCACCAAUGCCAAGAGCUUUAACAGAGUUUCAUUGUCACGUGAUGCAGUUUAACAGGUAUCGAGACCCAUGGAAAUCAAAUCCAGAAAUGUAAAAAAAAUAUAUAUUUAUAUAUAUAUACAGUAUAUAUAUAUAGUUGUAGUCAAAAUUUUACAUACCCCAAUGGAAAUUUAGAAUUUCUAUACGAUUAGGAUAUUUGUCAAUGAGCUUUGGCAUGAUUCUUUAUUGAUUUUUGACCAUUCUUCAAUGCUAAAUUGUUCCAGUUAAUUAAACUUCCGAAGACUAGUGCACAGCCUUCUUCAACUCAUACCAAAGAUUCUCAAUCAGAUUUAGAUUGGAACUUUGACUAGGCCAUUCCAGAACCUUGAUUUUAUUCUUCUUUAACCAUUCUGAAGUAGAUUUUGAUGUGUGCUUUGAAUCGUUGUUGUGUUGGAACGUCCAGUUGCGCUUCAAACCAAGUUUUGUAGCCGAGGGUUUCAGAUGUUUGGCCAAUAUCUUUUGGUUUGCUAUGGAUUAAAUUUUACCAUGUAUUGGAACUAUAUUGGAACUAAAUUUCCUGUGCCAUUAGAGGAAAAACAGCCCCAUAGAAGGAUAUUACCACCUUCAUGCUUGACAGUAGUUAUGGUGUUCUUUUCUUUGUACGCCUCACCAGACUUUCUCCAAACGUAGCGACUAUCAGCAUGACCAAAUAGCUUGAUUUUUGUUUCCUCACUCCACCAAUCCUUUGACCAGAACUCAUGUCCAUCAUUGAAAUGCAAUUUAAAAAACUUUAAGCAAUUGUCCUUAUGACGUUUUCCUAACAAGGCAUUACAGGUUAUGUCAGCUCUGUUUAUGGAGACCAGCACGGAGGCUGCAUUCAUUUUAAUUAAUUACAAUAAAUGGGAACAUUGAAAACCUCCAGUUUAAUGUUCACGACACAUAAUAGAACCUUGUUUGAGGGACUAUUUUUUCUCCAAUUUUGCAUUGAAGAAUGGUAAAAAAAAAUCACUGAAGAAUCGUGCCAAAAGCUCAUUGACAAAUAUCCUAAUCAUUUUAAAAAAGUUAUUAUUGCUAAAGGUGCCUCAGCUGGCUAUUAAUUUCAUUUUCCUUGUCAGAGUAUGAAUACUUUUGAAUGAGCAUUUUUGGAGUUUUGCAAAAAUCUAUUUCUUGUAAUUUGUUUUCCUCAUCCACAAAAGCAAAAGUUUUGCUACAAAAGAUUUUUCCUAAAAUUCUUUGUUUUUGAGAAAUUUCGAGAAAUUAUAAAUUACCAUUGGGGUAUGUAAACCUUUGAUUACAAAUGUAACUGUAAAUCUAUUUGUAAAUAUACUUCAAUGGAAAGAUUCCAUGCAUUCUAAAUAUGGUUGAACUAAAGGGAUAUAAUCCCUGAUAUAUGCCCUAUAUAUAUAUUUAUAUAUUUGUAACCGCAUCACAAGAACAAAUCAAACAAGAUCACUUCAUCAGCUAUUAACAAAAUGUUGUUUAAAGUAAAUUUCACCCUUUUUAAUAAGAUGUCAACUGAGGAAUGGCUAAAUCAAAACAUCCUGGAAAAUACGAGCACCUCUGAGAUGUCUACAGUUGCUAUAAGUAGUACAGAGAGAAGUACUGUCAGACAAACUGAAAAACCUUUUCAAUAAUAGCAUAUUUAAUAACUGCUUGAUAUCUGGAAAUACUCAAAUCAAUUACCAAGGAAACGACUAAUUAUUAUUAUUAUUAUUAUUAUUAUUAUUAUUAUUAUUAUUAUUAUUAUUAUUACAAUUGCACAAUCUUUUUUUCAGAUCUUUGUCCUUAGUUUAUUUUCACGGAAGCAUUUUUAAUAACUGCACACUAAUAAUAAUAAUAAUCUUUUUUUCACAAUCUUUUGUUCUCUGUUUAUUCAAAUAAAAGUAUACAGUUUUAAAAACGCUGUUUUGUACACUCAUUUUAUAGAGAAGAUCGUUGUUAUGGAGGACUAUAUUUAUAGAACGUUCAUUUAAGAGUGCUUAUGUGGAAGGAUACGUAAAAAAAGAAGGAAAACCUAAAUAAAUUCAGUUAGAAUCAAUAAAAAUGUGCUGAAACAUUGAAGUAUAUAAGCAAUAAGACCCUCCACAUCAGGCAUUACCAGGUAUUAGACGACCGUUUGGUUGUAAUAGGGCAGCAGUGUGGAGUAGUGGUUAGGGCUCUGGACUCUUGACCGGAGGGUUGUGGGUUCAAUCCCCAGUGGGGGACACUGCUGUUGUACCCUUGAGCAAGGUACUUUACCUAGAUUGCUCCAGUAAAAACCCAACUGUAUAAAUGGGUAAUUGUAUGUAAAAAUAAUGUGAUAUCUGUAUAAUGUGAAAUAAUGUAUAAUGUGAUAUCUUGUGACAAUUGUAAGUCGCCCUGGAUAAGGGCGUCUGCUAAGAAAUGAAUAAUAAUAAUAAUAAUAAUAGUGUCCUCGACUUCUCGUAUAAUGCCUGGUAAUGCCCUCUCUGUCGGGUCUUAUUGCUUAUAAUGUUCUGUUUUAAAAUCACAACACAGUGUUUUGCACAAAUCCUAAACUUGAGUCUAUUGUGGAGAUAAUGUAACUUUAAUCACUGUUGCAUCUGUGCUGGACAAAGCUUUAAUUAUUUAUUUCAUGUUAUUGCAUUUUUGCAUAUAUUGAACGCAGCUAUAUUGAAAUAAUAGACGCUUUCCAGUAACAGCUGAAUAUGUAUUUGAUGUUGGCUAACAGGAUGUAAUAAUAAGUUAGCCAGUUUACUGGCGCAGAUAUAGUUCAAUGCUGCAGGGAUUCACAUCAGUAACACUGCACAUACUUUACAAUCUCCGAGCCAUGCUUUUGAUUCUAUUAACAUUCCAGAUGCCUACAAGCUUACCACAAGCUAAAGAAGUUAAUGAGUAAGCAGCUUCAGGUUUCAUGUUCUUAAGUUUGAGUUUUACUCUCCUGUUACCCUUUUAUGAUGUUUGCAAUCAGUCUGAGUGGU